GUUUCUAUUUCCUGGUUAGCUCCUCCCAGUGCCGAGGACUGCCUGGCUGUGGUGAAGAGCGGUGGUGGUCACUGAAGCGGUGGAGAGAUGGCCUUCAGCGGCUCCCAGCCUCCCUACCUGAGCCCAGGCAUCCCCUUCUCCGGGAAAAUCCAGGGGGGUCUCCAGGACGGACUGAACAUCACUAUCAAGGGGACCAUUCUUUACUGCAGUGGAACCAGGUUUGCUGUGAACUUUCACAGUGGCUACAGUGACAAUGACAUUGCCUUCCACUUCAACCCUCGCUUUGAGGAGGGUGGCUACGUGGUCUGUAACACGAAGCAGAACGGAUCCUGGGGCCCGGAGGAAAGGAAGAUGCAUAUGCCCUUCCAGAUGGGAAAUCCGUUUGAGCUCUGCUUCCUGGUGGACAGCUGGGAUUUCAAGGUGACAGUGAACGGGAACCAUUUUGUGCAGUACUCACACCGCGUGCCCUUCCACCAUGUGGACACCCUCUCCAUCACCGGGGCUGUGCAGCUAUCCUACAUCGGCUUCCAGAACACCCGAGUAAACUUAACCCAGCCUGCCUUCUCCAUGGUGCAGUUCUCCCAGACUCCCUGUUUCACACCCAAGCCCAGGGGGCGAAAGCCAAAAUCUACAGGCAUUUGGCCAGUCAACUCGGCUCCCAUUACUCAAACUGUCAUCCACACGGUGCAGAGCAGCCCUGGACGGCCGUUCCCUAAUCCUGUUGUCCCACCUAUGGCGUACCCCACCUCAGUCUAUCCGAUGCCUUUCUUCACCUCCAUCCCGGGUGGGCUGCACCCCUCCAAGAGCAUCUUCGUGUCAGGCGCUGUCCUGCCCACUGCCCAGAGGUUCCACAUCAAUCUGCGCUCCGGGAGUGACAUCGCCUUCCACCUGAACCCCCGUUUUGAUGAGAACGUCGUGGUCCGCAACACGCAGAUCAACAGCUCUUGGGGGUGUGAGGAGCGAAGCCUGCCCCAAAAAAUGCCUUUUGCCCGAGGCCGGAGCUUCUCGGUGUGGAUCACGUGUGAAGGCUAUGGCUUCAAGGUGGCCGUGGACGGUCAGCACCUGCUGGAAUACUCCCACCGCCUGAAGAAUCUGCCUGCCAUCAACAGCCUGGAAGUGGGGGGCGACGUGCAGCUGAGCCACGUGCAGACAUAGCGGGGCUCCCUGGCCCUGGGGAUGAGGGCGGGCCGUGUUGCCAACUGUCUCCGCUCCUCACCUCCCUCUUCCCUGUCCCUCUCCCUGUCCCUGCCCCAGGCUUUCCCAGUCUGCCGUGGAGCUAGGACUUUUCUGGAGAGAGGGCGUGUUUGUCGGGCUCUGCUGCUGGCCGGGGCGGCACCCGGGGCCCCGGCUGCCCACAUCCUACCAUCUGAGGAGAAGAGGGUGGUCCCACCAGGCUAAGCCCUAUGUUCCGUCCCCUUGGCAGAAGGGGAGGGUCUUGAGCCUUCCCAAGCUCCCAGACCAGGCCUACACCCUGUCUGCCUCUCAGCCACAUCCUUACCCUGCCAGUCAAAUCCAUCCCAGCCCCAAGCUACCCCCUGUUCAUUCCACAUGGGAGGGCCCUUCCCCCUUCCCCUUCAAGCUUUCCUUACACCGAGGUCCCCCCCACCCCGCUCCAGGAAAGUUAGCUGGUACGCCACUGGUCUGCACCAACUAACAGGACCUUUCUCAACAGGGGCUCUUCUCUUUCCUAGGGUCUUUCAAAGAAAGACACAUGCUUAUUGGCACAUA